UGGAUCUACAUACAUCCAAAAAUAAAAGUAAUCAAGGUUUUAGAAGAAACUCAUUAACUGUAUCUAUAGGUAAAACCACAACAUUCUCGUCGAGUAUAUGAGGCAUAAAUUGCAAAUACGGUUGAGAUGGUAUUCCUCAAUCAUUGUCCUCAAUAGCGGGUAAUAAGCACAUUGUCACGGUUUGCCGUUGUUUUGUCAUUGUCAUUUAGAACUGAUAAUAGCAAGUGACUCUGAUCUAUAUACCCAGAUCUCAUCGUAGAAAGCUGCUACAGUAUUAUUUCAGACACUUCUUACUCGCGGUUGUUUUGUUUUCUCCAUUAAACAACUUACCUACUAGUAAAUUGAGGCUAUUACUUUAAAUACGUCCAUCUGGAAGAUGUUCUCUCAAAUUAUCUUCAUGAUUGUCUCUAAUUUGUUUUUGCUUACAAAAUGUGUGUCAAAGUAAUACAAGCACAUCAUCAAGUAAGUAUAUCUUCUAAUUCGCUGAGGCAUGAGUCUUAUACCAUAUACCUACUCUAGAUCAUGCCAAAAGGCAAACUGCCGGUUGAAUUAAGCCUUCAUGCAAUGUGAAUUGGAUGAUAUAUGUAGUUACUUACUUGACGGUGAAUGGUGGCCACUAGUUGCUUUUCAGUAGCUGCCUUAAAAGUCUUCUUCGUUAUAUUUCAGUAUUCUUCACUAAGUAUACUUAUUUCUUUUGAUAACUAUUAUAUCUGUUUUAAUGGUUGUGUUAAAUAAAAUACUAUCACCAUAAUUUCCAAGAUAGUUCGUUCCAUCCCACAAUACCCAAUUCUUAAAAAUUUUGCCUGCCACGUGAGAAUAACCUAACAAUUAUAAGUUACAACAAUGAAUCCGCGCGAAUUCUAUUCGUAUUUGGUAACCUGCAGCCGAACAACAGAAGGUCUUUACGUCAUUUGAUCCGAACAAUAAUAAUAAUUAAUUGUGAGAAAUAAGGUAUAGCAAGGCUCUAAAAUUGAAUUACGUUUUGUAAAGCGCUUUCAGAACUGGUGUUAACCUCUAUUAACCCCAAAUGGAGUAAUAAAGUAAGUUAUACUGGCUUCUUCGUUUUCGAUGAGACCUGUUUGAUAUUCCUGCAUCCCAGUUCAUUAUCCUCAGACAACAAUGGCAAGCCCAACUUAAGGCUAUAAUUUUAAAGACUGCAUUUCAAAAUAUGCUUGACAGUAAUUAAUUACCAGUGUCAACGCUUCGUAAAUGAAACAACAAAACGAUGAAGGAUCCUCCUCGAUGUGAGGAUGUGGCGGACAAAUUAGUGAGGUUAUUCGGAUGGAGACAGACUUAUCCAGUGCAGAAACUUCAAAAGAAUUUGUUGCCCAGAGUCAAUGAAACGGGGCCGGAGACAUGGGUCGGCGUGCGGGCACUUCGCGCCAGCUCCGGCGGUAUCUUGGACCCCGACGACCGGGUACGAGAUGUGGCGGAUGACCGCGAGACCCUGACGGCGGAGUGCACCAACCAAGCACCAACAAGACCCGCACCUGCAGAUGGCGCCAGCGGAUCUUCAGCCGGCACCGCCUCUCCCGAUAUGUUUCGGGGAGGCGGUGGUGUCGGCGGCAGUAUGCGAGUACCGAACACAGACUCUUGUGUGGAGGUGGGUGCCGCGGACCUGGAGGACGGUGCCAACGGGCUGCAAGUUCGACGAGGGAGUGAGCCCACGCUGCAUCAGGACACAUUGCCACCGCAGAGACAGGUCACAGACCAGACGAAGCGAUGGUCUGCAGCAGUGGUGUGCCGCGAGGACAGCAGCCGCGUGCCGCACAAGGCGCACCCGCCGGACGGCCGGCCGCCCGACGCCGCACCCGACAGGCACGGACAGCACUUCCAGCGACAGUCCAACCGCCUGUCCAUGCAGUUCUCUGGACCAGGAAGCGGAGUAUGGCUAGAUGCAGCAGAUAAAGUCCAAAUAUAUGGAAGUAAAAGUCUUCCUAGAGAUGCCAGAAAGGAACCUUUAGGGCAAGAUACGCCGCCAAGUAAUGACCAAAACCGGGUGGAAGACAUGCUGAGGUGGGUGUCAGGAGUCAAUAAUGUCGCCAGCGUACAUCCAGUGCAAGAGAGAACGCUUGAUCUGUUACCCGAAGGUAACAGGGAGAGGGCGGUAUCAGGCUUGGAGGUCCCAGUGAGUCCUAGCAGUAAGCCUAUAUCGGGAGCAACACAAACCGUUCCAGUGACAUUGGUGAAGGGAGAGAAGGGCCUAGGCUUCACCAUCACCACGAGGGACAACCCCACCGGUGGACACUGCCCCAUUUACAUUAAGAAUAUAUUGCCAAAGGGUGCUGCAGUGACAGACGGUCGGUUACGCGCCGGCGACCGAUUGGUGUCUGUCAACAAGGUGCCAGUAGCGGGUCUCACUCAGCAGCAAGUGGUCUCACUACUCCGAAACACUCCCACAGAUGCUGCAGUGGAUAUCGUCGUUGAACGCACAAAUCCACACCGGACGCAGAGGGUAGAACCUCAACAAAGUCCAACCAAGUACGUGGAGAAAUCAAUCGGUUCGGCGCCCAUCACACAAGCGAAGCCAAUAGAAGCUAACAAAUCCGAGAACGGCCGCGUGUCCACCAUGGUCAACGCGAUCAACCAGAACAACCCCAGCUCUAACAGUUCUGUGAGGGGACGGAUACCAAAGAGCUCGUCGAAAGAUGACUUGUUGAAGGACCAGUCUAUCGACACUGCCAUACAGGAAGCUUUGAAUUCGUCCUCGAGCUCGCUACUAGGUCUCCGGAAUCGCCUGAUCAUGAGGCUAGAUGUGCCAGUGCAUGACUCAGAGAAGGCUGGACUCGGCAUCAGCGUGAAGGGCAAGGUGACCGUGGGGCCCGACCCGCACGACCUGGGCAUCUUUAUCAAGUCGGUGCUCCACGGAGGUGCCGCGUCCAGAGAUGGCAGGUUACAUACGAACGACCAGCUGUUAAGUGUAAACGGCGUGUCGCUGGUGGGCCAGUCCAACGCUGAGGCUAUGGAGACGUUACGGCGAGCAUUAUUGCAUUCCAGGCCCAAUGUGCAUGGCAGUAUAUCCUUGACAAUCGCUAGGAGGACUGAUAGUAUGGAUAGCUUAGCAAGGUGGAAAGACGACACCCCACCAAACGGGAACGACACGACAAACUCAAAUGAAAACAGCAACUCACAGAACUACAACACAGUCAUCUACAACACAACACAAGACAAAGAAAACAAACCACUCGAUAAUUACAACCAAAAAAUUGAGGUCAACCAAAAAGAUGGUUUUGAAAAUCACGACACCAGAAGUACGAAGAAACAUGCUUCAAUAGUCACGAUAAACAAUAACAAUAGUUGGGUAUGCAACCAAUCGGAUGACAGUAAAGGGUAUUUAGAAAGAGACAAAGAUGCGAUGCCCCAUGAUAGCAAAAGAGAUAGCUUCGAAUGGAGUCGGCUCGACGGGUGGAAUCCUGUGAUCGAUCGGUUGACUGGUCUUCGAAAUGAAAGUUAUUAUAUGGCAACCCAGUUGGACGCUCCCUUGGUGAAUGGACACCAUUACAGACAGAACUUGGGGCACGUGCAUAUGGCUCGGUCACCUCCCGCUCAUCAUAACGUUAUUAUUGAAGAGGAUUAUGGGACCAGGGGUAGCACAGCGGGCGAGUCGGGCAGCGAGAGCGGUGGGGCGGGCGGCGCGUUCAGCCGCGACGCGGUGGGGCGCCGCUCCAUGUCGGAGAAGCGCCACGCGGCGCUCGACGCGCGCGCCACCGGCACCUACCGCAAGAUCAAGGAGACCAAAGCUAUCAACGCUAUGCAAGUUGGACCUGCGCUGGGGAUGCGGAAAUCAUCAAGCUUAGAAUCUCUUCAAACUGCAAUCCAGGAAACUCAAAGGAAACCGAUUCGUAAUGAACCGAUCUAUGCAAGAGCACACCCACCAUUGAAGCACUGGCUGACGGACGACAACGCAGCACCCGACACUAUUGUUCGAGGCUCCCCGCAACAGUCUUCGCUCUCUCACAAGAAACCUUCACUUCUCAAAUCUCUAUCUACUAUGUUCAGAAUCGGCAAGCCCAGUAAAAAGACUGAAUCAGAAGUUUAUGGGCGCACGCAGCCGGGCAGGUCGUCGGAGAAGUCGAUAUCACGAGAUGUGUUGGAGAGACACAACAGGAUCGACGAGCGGAUAGAAGAGGCAGAACCAGCGCUGCCAGCGAGGGAGGAGAGCCGGUCACACAGACAAGGCAGUUCGGAGCGAAAUACUCGCUCGGAGCGGCGCAGUGGACCGCGCUCGCAUGCGCGAACUGCGCCCGCACCACAGGCUAUGGACAGCGCUUGGGGACCGACGGGGCACUAUGUUAAUUAUGAGGAGAUCCAACAAAAUCUAAAUAGUUUUACGUACAGUGCCCGACGGGAGAAGUUGAGCGAGGUGCAGAUCGGGCAGGUGCGGCGCGGCGUGCACCGCGAGCCGACACACAGCGACGACAGUCGUCGAGGGGGCGUGGCUGGCUACCAUUCCCAGCGCUCAUGCAAGGAGAGCGGCAUCCGUCCCCAGUCUAACUACUACGAGUACGAAAGCGCACCUCCCCGCAGGCCUGGCAAGUUGUCACACUACCACUGAUGGUUGGCAACCGGUAAUCGCCAUCGAUAUUAUCCCCCAUAAGGAUGAGCUCGCGCGCUGCAACUGUGAUUCCAAUUGCUUUAUUAUUGGAGUUGUUCUAUGAGAGCGGAAGCGGUCCUAGUCUACCUACCUACUAUAUAUACGAGGCGAGAGUCGUCAAGCUGUCACACUAGGUGCUACUUAAGAUUGGCAACCGGCACUUGCUAUCGAUCUUGACCUCGAUACAGAUCUGCUAUAGUGUUGCAAUUGUGAAGAUUCUAAUAAGCCCGCACUGUGAAAUUUCACCGCGGAACUUAUAUGAAAAUUGUCUGAAGCUGUUCGUGCGUACCUGUCUCGUAGCGAGUGCGUACCGAAUUGUGCUAAAAAUUCGCGCGGUGAAAUUUCGCAGUGCGAGAUUAACCUUGUAUAAUUGGAAUUGUACUGUAAAAACAUUGAUUGCGCGAUCUCGGAAAAGAAAGCGCCUAUUUGGCAGUCGCUAUAUUGAUAUUCUCCAUCAUAAUUAGUAUAUUAUUAUAUAAACCCCACAGGUCGAGAUGGCAAUCGGGGUAUGAGGCGGGGGGACGCCCCGCACACCCGCGCUAUCCCGCACCGGGCUGGCUCGGGGGGUGUGCAGGGCGUCCCCCCGGCGAUUUACUAUCUCGACCUAUCGCGUGCUGUACCUACCUACGCGGUUAAGCGUUAUUUUGCCUUUAGUUGACAUUCAUAAUAGAGUUAUUUAUGAGUCUGUGAUUCAUCUGCCUUUGAUACUUAAUAACCGUCCUUUUAUAGAAUAAUUCGAAGUUAAAUAAAUUAUUCAUCUAACUAGUAUUUCUAUGAAAAGAUGAGGUGAAUAAGCAUUUUAGCGAGAGACCUACAGUUUUUCCUACAUAAUAAUAUGUUUUAUUUUUGAAAAUUAAUGUGUAAUGUGUAUGUUGGUAGAACUUUUUUUUUUUAAUGCGUACAUCCAAGUGAAGGAGAUUUCUGUAUUAGAGCUAGGUACCUCUACACAUACCAGCGCAGCGGGUGAUUCCCUAACUCAGUGUUCAACAAUGAAUGAUAGCCACCAAACUCAUUUGACAUUUAUUUUUAACCCAUUGAAGGUUUUCGACGAAAAAUCAUUUAAAUAUUACUCAGUGAAGCAGCAUGUAGAACUAUCAAUUAAUGUCAAUUAAUGAGCUCGGCGUCUAUCAUCCAUCGCUGAACUGAGUUAGUGAAUCUUUAAACCAUAAGUAAGUCCAUUCAUCGACGUUUGUUGUAAUUAUUACCUUAUAAAAAUAAAUUAUUGCUAUCAAUUUAUAAUCUUUAUUCUUUACGGAUUUUCUAUCAAUGAUGAUUGACCUACCAGUGAUUUUGGGCUAUGAAUGCAUGAAGGUAUGAAUGUAUUUAAUACCUUUAUCUAAUGUUUGCAUUGUAUAAUUUAUUCUCAAGUGGUGCCAUUGCUGUGAUGACAUUCCUGUGUCUUUGGUAUCAUAAUUAGUGUUUUGGCUGUUUAAUAUUAUAAAGAGGAAAGAUUUGUUUGUAAUUGAUAAACUCUGAAACUACUGAACUACUAUAAACUCUGAAACUACUGAACUACUACUUUAUCCAGAAGUCAGGUAACAUAGGCUAUCGAAUCAUACGAGCAAAACCGAGUGGAUCAACUAGUGCAUUAUAUUAUAAAGAGUCAUAGGAAUAAGGAGGCAAAAAAAUCUUUACUUGUUCACUUCAGUACCUACGUAUGGACGUAAACUUUUAAAUAUGGACCGUACACAUACUCUAGCAUGUUCCCAAUGUUGGUGUAGAGUCAACAUACGACUUUUAAUAAUUAUUCAUUGAUUUUUGCCUUUAAAUAAUAUUAUUCAUCCUAAUGGUGUAGGUAAUGCCAAAGCGCAGACAUAAAAACACGCAACAACACAAAACACCUUUUGUGUUGAUGCGGAUUUCAGAUAUUUUUUGUUCAAAAAAUGCUUUUGUAUUCGAACAUUGAUUGGAGUCUAGUUAUUUAUUUAUUGAGAUAUCUUACGAGUAUACAUCGUCGUCAUCACCGAUCACAGUUCAAGGUCCCUGACCCUAUUUGCUUCUCUCUCACACGGACAUAAAACUAACAAUAAGUACCCUAGAACGGGUUUUCAUAUUUCGUCAACACUGAUUGAUUUUUUAAGUAUCAUCUAUUACAUAAUGAGUAACGACAGAUGAGAGUAAAAUAGACGGACAAAAAGAAGAAGCGAAUCUAAAGAAUCGCGCACACCCACGCUCGUGUUUUCGACGUUUUUCUCGGUAGAAUUUGUAAACUACCCAAUGCAGAUAGAGGUCAAUAUGCUAAUAGAUUGUCGCUUCGAUUCCCUUCGACUUUGUGUCACCUGGAAUUGACUAGAAUUCAUUUUAUUUUAAUAACUUUUAAAGACAUCGGCCACGGCGAUGUUUUACAGCGAUACAGACGCAAAAGGGUCGCGACAAAGUAACGAUGCUGAUAAAACUGUGCGUUCAAAGUAGGUACGCACGGCUGCAGGAAUUUUCGCCCGUGGGCGAUGACCCUUAAAGGCUAUAUUAAAUCUGAAAUGGAAAAAACCAAACUAGAACGCGAACGUUUUAUUAAUUACACAGUAUUUCAGAAGUUUUCUUUACAAAAAUUUGGGUGCAUUUAAUUUUUUGACCUUCCAUUUUCCUUGUACUGCGUUCGCGGAGUUUUUGUACUUUAUGGGUUUUUUUAAUCCUUAUGUUAAUAUAAUCGUGUCGUCCCUUUUUAUUUAAGUGACUUGUAUACUUAAAUAAGCAAAUGAGCUCAUAAGGUAUAUUAUAUACAUUCCUUCUUAAAUUCCGAGUUUAAGUUAUAAAUCAAAGAAGCUUUAAAGUUUAGAAUAGAAUAAACUAAGCUGUAUCAAUAGAAAAUAAUUGUUUACAUAAACUGACUGACUUAAGAUAUUCCAAUUAAGUAUUUUUCGUGUAUCUCGAUCCUUGCAUCAAAUCUCUAACGGCUUAAAUGAAUAAAAUCAAUCCUUUCUGUUAUCUGUCGAUAAAUUACUAAGGUUGUAAUUUUUCAAAAAUUGUAUGGGCUUUUUUGUAAAUGAACAACGUCGCUUAGUAACUUUCCAUCGGAUUAUGGAUAGCUUGAUUUGACUAUUAUUAAUUUAAGCCAUAAGUCCGGUUUAGUUAAAUUUUGUAAAUUCUGUCUUGUUUUGUAAAGUUUCUUUGGCAGUUGGUGAGAAAAAGACAUAAAAGAUUUUGCUAAGCUGAAUGAGAUUUAACGAAUUCAUCUUCGUGCAAGUGGUCCUUAAUUCUAAUUAAAAUUAUUCCACUUUUAAUAAGAUUUUCAUCUGUUUUCUUUCCAUUUAUGUUAUCAUUGUGAUAUUAACUUUGUAAUUAAUUGACAUGUUAGAUACAGGUUCAUUAUGGUGAUAUAGUAUGAAACAUUUGUUAGCUGUAAAAAUAGAUAUAUCUAGAUAUAAAAAUGCUAUUAGUUUGUCGUGUAAAUAAAAUGUUUAAUUAUAUUCCGAAUAAUGCUAUUCUGUUUGACUAGGUAUGUAUUAAUGUUAUUUUGAGGACAAAUGUAAAUGAAUUGUUUUGCAAAUGUUUUGCAUAUUACGAGUGUCUAUACCUACCCUUGUACAUAAUGACAUGUUUUUUUUUAACAUGUGAAGGUAUAUUUUGUAUAAUUUUUUUAGAGAUAUUGUAAUCAAUGCGAACGGCCAUCUGUACCUUAAAUAAAUAAGUAUUAUCUCUG